AUGAAGUUCAACGCUGACGUGUCCUCUUCCCGCCGCAAGGCGCGCAAGGCGCACUUCUCGGCGCCCUCGUCCAUCCGCCGCAAAAUCAUGUCCUCUGCUCUCUCGAAGGAGCUGCGCGGCAAGCACAACACUCGUUCACUGCCCAUUCGUAAGGACGACGAGGUCCGGAUUGUACGCGGGAAGUACAAAGGUCGGGAGGGCAAGGUCACGCAGGUGUACCGCAAGAAGUGGGUGAUCCACGUUGACCGAGUCCAACGGGACAAGUCGAACGGUGCUGCGGUCCCUAUCGGUAUCCACCCCAGCAAUGUCGUUAUCACGACGAUCAAGCUAGACAAGGACAGGUAUGUCUAUGGCGUCAGCGCAUUCCCGUGA